ACAGUGAAUAACAAGGUAGAGAUAGUAGUACACAAAAUUAUUCAACUUAAUCAUGGAUUAUCAUCCAAUCUAGGAAGAAAACGUUGUUAAUUAGUGCAGUUAAUCAUAAACUUAAUUCCCUUCUUGCUCAAAACGCUACCAUACUGGUUAUGCAAUGAAUGAGGCGGCUGAGAAUUGGAUAUAAAGCCGGGUCAUUUUCAAGGAUAAUUCUGUAAUGGGAUAAAGUCGUGAUAAGUUUUCAGAGACUCUUGUUUUCAUAAGACAGAAACAUUUGCAUUACCAGUGAAUUUUGCGAAUACUAUAAGAAUAAUAUCUUUAAACUUUUAGCACAAUUAUCCAUUAUUGUUCCAUAGAUUAAUGGUACUAGAUAAAUGGUAUCGGAAAAGAUGACAUCUUUGUCUGCGGCAUCGAACCUCGUUGGGCCUCCUAACGCCAUGUCGCUUUUGAGAUUCCUUCUUCAAAUCUCGACAAAGGCCAACCGUCAGACAGCGUUCCUAACCGUCACCAGCAUCUUCCUCGUCAUCCUCACCGCCUACCGACACAUGAUGUCGAGAAUGAAACACGACCGCCGACGUCGACGGUUACCACCGGGUCCCACCAACUACCCAAUCGUUGGUAUCUUACCGUUCCUUGGCACAGCAGACCCCGGGAAGUCGGUCCUAGAACUCUCUAAGAAGUACGGACCUGUAUUUUAUGGGCGUUUGGGGAGCUUUGAUGCCAUUUUUCUGAACGAUUAUGAAAGUGUGAGAGAAGCCUUUGCGAAGUCCGGGGAUGCAUUCAGUGAUCGACCUCGGGUGACAGCCUUUGAAACAUAUGGACAAGGAAGAGGAGUGGCCUGCUGUUACUACCAGAACCAGUGGAAGGAACAAAGACGGUUCCUGCUCAAACUCCUCCGUAACCUCGGGAUGGGGCGAGCCAGUAACAGUCUCGAAGACAGGAUCCUACAGGAAGCCGUACUCUUGACGAAGAGCUUCGAGGAGUCACACGGAGAGAGUUUCGAUCCAAGGACCCUCAUGACCAUGGCGGUGUCGAACAUCAUCUGCGGCCUUACCUUUGGAAAACGGUUCCACUAUGAUAACAAAGAAUUCGAGAAAUUCAUUUGGACUCUAGGAAAGUUAUUUGAAGGAGCAGAUGUCGCUGGACCAACGAACUAUUUCACUUUCAUGAAGUACGUACCCUUCAGUUCCUUCAAAAAGAUGGGCUCGUUCGCCAGGAGUUUAGAACGUGGCCUCUUCACCCGCGAAAAGGAUGCACAUAAGCUUAUACUCGACCCAAAUGAUUGCAAGGAUAUGAUCGAUUUCUUUUUGAAAGAAAUGUAUGAGGCUGAGUCUAAGGAAGGACGCGGGGAAGAAUCGAAUUCACCUUUCAGGGAGGAGUUUUUGCCAUCGUUGAUUGGGGAUAUCUUUGCAGCAGGCACAGACACAACGGCGUGUGCAAUGUAUUGGGUGAUGCUUUUCACUAUCAAAUACCCAAAGUAUCAAAGACGGGUCCAAGAGGAAUUGGAUAGGGUUGUUGGGAGACAUCGCCUUCCGACACAAUCCGACCGACCGAACUUGCCAUUCGUUGUUGCGAUGUUAGCCGAAAGUCUCCGAUGUUCUGCAGGGGGUCCAUUUGGUGUACCCCAUGCGGCGGUGGAGGAUACCACAUUCCGGGGUUAUUUUGUUCCGAAGGGAACCAUCAUGGUGGCCAACCACUACGCUCUCCUGUAUGACGAAGAGGUGUUCGGUGUCGAGCCCGAUGUCUUCAACCCUGAUCGUUUCUUCGAUGUCGACGGGACUCUCGUCAAGAGCAUGGUGGAUAGGGUUUGCAGCCAAUUUGGAAUAGGCCGACGAGCGUGCCCCGGUGAGCAGUUAGCCCAGAGCGAGCGUUUCAUCUUCUACUCUCAUCUCGUUCAUCAAUUCAACUUUACUGCACCCGAUGGUCCCGAUUCGGUUAGCCUCGGCUCUCACUUCGGAUUGAGUCGGUCGCCGUUUCCGUACAAACUGCGAGCCGAACGAAGGCUGAUCGACACUCGGAUGCCUGAUAUAACCUUAUGAAUUUUGCAAGAAUAAGAUCAUGGCAGCUUAUAGAAAUCAUCGUAUGUUAUCUGAAAUUUUGAAACAUUCAUGUCCCAAAACAUUAUUAGGUAAUUUUUUUUAUAGAACACUAAACGCUCUCAAAAAAUAUUGGGUAAAAGUGCUCCAUUAGGGUAAUCAUGUGUCCAACCAACAUUGGGCAUUACUUUUGGGCAUUUUUUUUUAUCCAGUGUGAUGAAAAUUUUGCGCAUUCUAAAGUAAUUGCUGCUUAUUUUUAACCUUACUGGGCAGUAUGCUUCCCGCAUUGGGAGAAAAUACUGCCCAAAAUUGGUUGGACACAUAAUUAUCCUCGUGCUGGCUAAAAUUUUACCCAAUAUUUUUUAAAGUGUAUUCCUUCAUUUACAUGUCUCUUCUUACUUUCAUAGUUUGUACAUCGAAAAGGGAAAUGUUAAUAUUCAAUUUAGCCGUAAACAUCACCGAGUAGUAAUUAAAACUGUUACCUUCAUUCAUUAAUUUAUUUAUUUGUAUGAUAUUAUGUAUAUAUUAAUUGUACUUUUAUAUUGUGGCAUAAGAUUACAGAUGUCAAUAUACACAAUUCGUGGUUUUAUAGUUGAUAUUAUUUGCAUAAACUUUCUUUCAGUAUAAUCAUCGUGAACAAAUAAACCUGAAAAAAUGAUCUAUUGAUAAGGAUUUAGUUAUUAAUCUAUUUGAUCUAUUUGAUCAAUUAUGAUCUUUUGAGCUAUAGUAUAUGAAUGAGUUUUAUUUUGUAUGCGCUCGUUUUAUACUCUUUUGACAUGGAUAUUAUUGUGCAACAUCUAGUAAAUAAACUGACUAGUGUGGGGCCUACAUAAAUGAUCGAUGUGCUUAUUAAAGGGAUGGCCCGGGCUGAAAAUAUUUAUAUCUGAAUAAAUAGAGUAAAAUCCACAGAGCAAAAUGCUAAAAAAUUUCAUCAAAAUUGGAUAACAAAUAAUGAAGUUAUUGAAUUUUAAAGUUUAUCAAUAUUUUGUGAAAACAGCUACAUGCACAUCUUCAUGAAUAUUCAUUUGGUGGGCUAAUGAUGUUACAUCCCCACUUUCUUUUUUCUUAUGUUAUUACAUGAAAUCAAAAAUGUUUAAUUUUUUCAUACAUGUGUAAAUGAUGUGUCUCCAUUAUGAUGAAAUAAGUUGCGGCAAUAAAUAAACAAUGCAGUUAAUCAGUUGUCAAUCCAAUUGUUUUAGUUCUUGGUAGAAUUUUUUUGAAUAAACCUAAUUUCAUAUAAUAAAAUACAAAAGAACAAGUGGAGAUAUGACAUCAUCAGCCCACCUAAUGAAUAUUCAUAAAGACAUGCUUAGAACUGUUUCACCGGAAUAAGGCAAAUCUUUAAAAUUCAAUAACUUUGUUAUUAUCCGAUUUUGAUCAAAUUUUCAGCAAUUUGCUUUGUGAAUUUUACUCUAUUUAUUGACAUAUAAAUAUUUCCAGCCUGGACUAUCCCUUUAAUGCAAACAUGAAAAUUAAAGCCUCGAAAUCUCCCCUUCAAAUCGCGUAUGUGCAAGACUGCCCUUUGAAACUUUCACAAUACCACUGGACUGAAUGUUAUUUUUACACAAAAUCCGUUCACGUCUUUCGUGUAGGCCUAUACAUCAAAUCAGGUUUAGUAUGGUUUAAUACUUACUUUACUUCACUUUAAUCCAACGAUGCUUGUAGGACUAUGCCUGUUCAUCGGUCCAAGUGAAUAAACUGUAUGCUCCACACUAUCAAUUUCAAUAUGUGGCAAGUAAUUGCAUGUGGGAAGACAGAAAAUCCAUUGGACUUGAUAGUGCAGUAGUAGGCCAAAUACAUUAGAUUAGGGAGAGUAACAUUUUGUUGCUUGGGUGUCCUGUUGAUAUAUUGUUAUAGUAAUAAAUGACUUUAAUAAAAGGAA